ACUGUAAUGGCUAGUAGCGUCCCCGCGGUGAACGGAUUCGGGGACUCGGCCUUCACCUUCGACCCCGCACCCGCUUCAGCACCACGACCGGGAGGCUCCACUCAAUCACCUUUUGAUACAAAUUUUGAUCCCACACACAGGGGAAGCGGCACUAAUGUAUCUGGGUUCGGUGCAGUGCCAGGCAGUAGUUUUCCAACGACAGCAAACGCUCCUACCACUACAGGGGCUCCAGGCAGCGAGAGGGCUGCGGACUGUAUUUAUAUUGACUUCGAUAUUCUGGGUGAUGGCCAGACAGAUCCCAAAGAGUUAUUGAAGUCGCUGAAGGAGCAACUGGCUAGUCCCGAGGCUCCCAUUCAUAACGGCAUGUUUGGUGUAUUCGCGGACAAAGCUCAGCUGGAGGACGUGCCCUCUGGUUCUCCAAAAACCGCUGCAGAACCUCAGCCUGGCAACACGACCGGCGGGAACGAGAAGACUGCUGGGGUAUCCUCGGACGUGGACCAGCUGGCAGUAGAAAGGCGUUUAGCGAGUAUUGAGCUCAGUGACGCCAAGGCUGAAAUUGAGGACCUCAAAAAACAGCUUCAGGACUCGGUGUCGGCGCAUGAGUCGUCUAUGCACCAGUUGACCGAGGCCAGGAAUCAACUCGAUGAAACUAUGAAGCAAGUGGCUAAGCUGGAGGGAGAAGUGAACAGCUUAAAGAGUCAGAAUAGAUCUUUGACGACGGAUCUGAGUAAUGCUAAAGAAAUGUGGAUGAAGGAGUCUACACGGGCGUCGAAGCUCCAGGAUGAACUCAAUACGAGGGAUGAUCAAAUAGCUGAGGACUCACGGAGGCUAGCAGAGAUGGCAGCAACCAAUGAGGCGCUGCGACGGGAGAAUGCUCAACUGAAGCAACUCUUCGAGGGCUCUGAGGUGGAGGUAGCGGCCCGGGCUAGGGCGGCUGAGAACACCUUUGGACAGAUGAAUGAGAGUUACUUUGGCGACUCGCGGGUGCCUAUGACGACCUCGAGGACACCAGCGGCUAUGGCGUCCAGUUUGGAGGAGAUGGUGGCUCCUCAGACUGAUGGGCUCAUGAGGAGGCCUCCAACUACGGCUACUACUGCCUUCACGCCGACCCAGACUGGCCGAUUGAGCACAUCUGGGUCGCCCCCUAAGACGACUAACUGGGGAACGACGACAAGGUUGGCCCCUUCGGGAGGUGUCAGCGCUGGGGCCCUUCUACCUCAUCAUGUGGGCGCCCCUGCCACUGUGGAGCGCUUCAGAGCUCUCAUUGGGGCGCAGGAAGGAGUACUGUAUGAAGAUGAGAUAUUACAGAUCGGCUCGCAGUCUUCGUAUUCGUGCGGCAUGGGGGAAGGGCAAGUGAGCCUUUAUUUUGGCAAUAAGAGUUCGGGGGCGUUGGAUGGUUUUACCGUGGAGUUGAUAUCAGGGGACGAUAUUACCCUUACACCUACUGAAGCGGUGCCCACGGCUAUCCGGGCUAAGCAGCAGAUACGAUUAGUGGUGAAGGUGGUAUGUACUAAGCCGACUCAGCAGAUCCCAAUGAUGAGUAUGCGUUUUUUGCUGUUCGACAAUACCCCGCGAACGCUGUCCUUACGGUUGCCUAUUCUUCUGUCCAAGUUUAUGGCACCAGUAGACAUACCAAAUGCUGCUGAUUUCUUUAGUAUGUGGCGACACCAUAUAUAUCACUUGUCUGAGCAGUCCGCCGUAGUGAGCAUCACAACAUCGUACGAUUGUCGAGAUAGUCUUUUAGCGCUCGCCCGAUCGGCAACUUUGGGAGGGGUUCUUCGGCUACAUUCACAACUAGAUGCAAAUCCCAACAAUCUAGUUUUAUGUGGUAAGUUCCCGGCGGACAGUCCAGAAGGCAUACAGUGUUUCACUCUGCCCAAUGCUACGGUCCUGGUUCGAAUUGAAGUUGGUACAGGGCCACAGCAUGCAGGGAAGGCCAGAGUCGCGGUGCGGUCGUCAGAGCCUCUUGUCGCACUAGCAGUUAGAGACGACCUACUACUUGCGUUCGCCGAGCUGCCAGUAGAUGCAGAACCUAACGAUCCCAACUUCAUUACCUGAGGCCCGGGUCGUACCUCUGUCGUUGCCUAAUAUUGCUAUUACUAUCCUUCUGCGCCUGUGAUAACCUC